GACUUCUCAGUAGACCUUCAGGAUGAACUUUGUCGAGAGAGAGAGAGAGAGACUUACUCACCUUUCUAUAGGUGUUGGAAUGAGUCUAAUGACUGUUAUGGUGUUCUCUGAAAAGAGAAAAGAGCAGAGAUGAAUUUGCGUGUGCCCACCAACUUCCCUUCUCAUCUGCUCCUCUUCCAUCUUGGCCAAUGUGAAGUCUCUUUCAUGCCUACGAAGAACAAGAGUGUUGAAAGGGAAGAAAGAGGGUGAGAGAAAAAUAAUAGAAGAGGGAUGUUGCAUUUCUCUCUUCAUUAUGUCUGCUCCCUUCUCCCUCCUCCCUCCUCCCUCCACACCAUUGAAGGACAUUGCAAAUAGGCUUCAUGUAGUUUUCAUUCCUUACUUGAAAGAUGUGUACAUUUGCCUGCUCUCACCAGACGAUGAGAUACUGAAGCAGCCCCACAGCCAUUAACAAUUGCACAUAGGAGAGAGAGAGAGAGAGCGAGAGAGGGGAAAAUAACAAAAGCAGUGCAGAGAGUAGACCGAGAGAAGUCUCUUUCUUUAUCUCAACCGUGAGAACUGAUCAAUGAUUCCGGGCCAUAUCGAGGAAGAACCAAGUGGUUUCUCUGACAUUUAUCCUAUUGUUGUACUUUCCUUGUAGUGGAGAUUUAAGAGGUAUGAGUUUGAUGGGUUAUAGGAGCUGUGCGGGAAUAAGGGAAAGGAAACAAGCAAAGAAGGAGAAAGCAGGGCUGAUGUAAAAGAAAGGAAAGCAGGGGAACCAUCCUUUUACUGUCACCUCUGAUGAAAUCCCUCUGGCUUCUGGGAUCAUCCUCGAGAGGCUUCUCCAAAAGGUAUGAUCUUGAUGGGUUCUUGGGUUGCUGAAGAAGAGUUGGAAAUAUCGGGUGGCUGAAGAAGAGUCGGAGGGGGGAACUGCCCUUCUCCCCCCCCCCCUUCCCCCCCCAUCUGAUGAUAAAUUCCACUUAAGCAGUUGGGUUAUGUUUCAAGAUCUCUUCUUUAGCCUAACGCCUGUGAGGAGAACAACAGGGAGUGGGCAGCUGAAUAAGAAUAAGAGGAGGAAGAUAUUUUCCUCGUCUCCUAGCUGAUGAUAUAUCCGGCGGAUCACAGAGAAACCAACUUGGCUUGCCUCAAAAGCUCAUCUUGCAGCUGUUCCUCUGGUAUUUCCAAAGCUUGGACGGUUUGAGUUCUCACAAGGAUGUCCCAGCAUUGCAUCUCCUUUUCUGAUGGCAGACGAUGCAAGCAUUGUCAAACGUGGAAAAACAUGUUAUUUCUGUUGGUUCUCUGUGGUCUUAGUUGCUCCAUCUGGUUAUUGUGGGGAUUGGAGGACUAUGGGGUUUUGGUGAGGAUUAGGGACUUGCAGAAUGAGAGAAUGCAGUCACCAUUUGAUCGAUACAACCUUAGCAAAGAUCACCUUCAAGCCCUGGCUUUGCUAAUCUCUUCAUUACAACAGGGAAGAUUCUAUGAGUGGAUGAACAAGCCUGUAACUGGUGAAAUACUUAGCAGUAGCCUGUUACAUUCAUUGUCAGAACUGCAGUCAGAAAUGGAUGAUUCCCAAGAUCAACAACAUCGGAGGAGGAAUAACAUAGUCUUCCAGGGUCAUUGUCCAACUCAAAGUGAUCCUGUCCUUGUUAGGUCUGCACAGUUAUCACCUAAGGGACAUUAUACACAAGAUAUUUUGCCUUCUACAAUAAACAGUGAUGAAAUCUCUCUGAAGAGUACACAGCAAGGACAGCAUUUGAAAGGCCACUGAUGAGCAGGGUUGCCUAUGCUUUGAGAGUAUCACAUACAGAGAGGGGGCAGUUCGAGCAGCAGCAUGCAUGGAAAAUAAAGAAGAUGGAGACUGAGUUCCAGUCCCUAGUUAAAGAUGACUACAAUCCUGAGAAACUUGAUCCCUCACCUGUUCAAGAUGAAUAUGCACCUGUAUCCCACAUUGUAUCUACUGAUAUGAUGUCCGGCAAGGAAGACCGUGACAAUAUACUGCGAGCAAGGGCUGCUGGGAAGGGGGUCUUAACUUCUUGUAAUCUUUUGAAGUCCAAUCACCUUGGUGUGGUGCUCACAUUUUCAGUGUACAAAACUAACCUGCCUCUGAAUGCUACACCACAAGAACGCAUUGAAACUACUGUAGGAUACCUUGGUGCAUCAUUUGAUGUCCCAUCUUUGGUGGAAAAACUUCUUCAGCAACUUGCCAGCAAACAAACCAUCAUUGUUAAUUUGUAUGACACAACAAAAGUUUCUGCACCUAUUAGGAUGUAUGGUCCUGACACUGCUGCUUCUGGAUAGAUGCAUAUUAGUUAAGUUGAUUUUGGGGAUCCAACCCGGAAGCAUGAAAUGCAUUGCAGUUAGUUUUCUGGAUCCAGAUUCAAGCACAAGCCUCCACUACCUUGGUCAGCAAGAACCAUGUCAGUAGGGGUUGCAGUAAUUGUUCUUCUAGUUGGGCAUAUAUUUCAUGCAGCUUUAAACCGCAUUGAGGAGGUAGAAGAUG